AUGAUCCUAGGAUACAAGAGGUCGAAGACGAACCAGUACCCAAACACUUCUUUAAUCCAGAUCGAGGGAGUGGACAACAAGAAGGAGGUAGCCUGGUACCAGGGGAAAAGAAUGGCGUACAUUUACAAGGCUGAGGUGAAGCAGAAUAGGACUCACUAUUGGUGCAUUUGGGGUAAGGUGAUUCGUCCCCAUGGAAACUCUGAUGUUGUUCGUGCUAAGUUCAAAUCCAACGUGUCCCCAAGUCCAUGGGAGCACGAGUUUGCGUCUUCAUGUACCCUAGCAACAUUUGAAGCACUUUAA